GACGUAAAUCAACUUACGACGAACCAAAAAUGAAGCUGCUAGCGUUCGGGCUCAUCCUGAUCUGUUGCAAUGCCCAGGCAAUGAGAAUAAACGGGAAAUAUGGAAAUUCGUUGGUGGAAGGUUUUUUAGAGAAGCUCAAAGCCAUAAUGAAAACCGGAAACGACACGCUCGGAAUUCCGAUUCUCGAUCCGUUCAAUGCGGACGAGAUGAAGAUCGAUGUACACGAGGACCAAAUAAACGUGGACGGGAGUUUGACGAAGGUCAACGCAAACGGUUUGUCCGAGUACGAUAUUAUCAACGGUGACUUCGAGUUGGGAGGAAACCUAGUCUUGAUUCUUCACCUUUCGUGGCCACUGGUAGUCGCGAGUACCAAUUACGACAUAAAAGGCAACGCCGCCGAUUUUGAAAUUUUCGGCAAAGGUGAAAUGAAUCUGUCCGCGAAAGAAUUCGCUUUCAACACAACAAUUUAUUUAUCAAUGGACGGAGGAAUGCAAGGACAUUUGAAAGUGCAGGAUAUGGCAUUGAAGCUUUCUUUGAAGAAGUUAGAUUUUAAAAUUACGGGCCUCUUUGACGACGAGGAUUUGUCUGCUCUACUCAGUUCCAUGAUUUCUGACAUGGCACCUAAGUUAGCCGACGACGAGAAGAUUAUAUACGAGAUUAUCGAAGUUGUCAAGCAGCUGAUCGACGAGUUUUGUUCCACUAUGACAGUCGAGGAAAUACUGAAGCUGGUUCUUGGCUGAUUCUUGCUAUCGCUUGAUCAGUCAUUUGUACAGUUCGCGAUCCUAGUCGAUGAAACAAUAUGAAUAGAUAGGGAGACAGGCUAUGAAAGAUUAGCAUAAAACAAUCAGUGUUUAAUACGAGAGAAUAAAUGCAAUUAAUAAUUUAAAAUUUGCGAGUAUUUUAUUAACAAAUUAGUAAAAAUACGUUCUCUGUCUUUCUUCUAUGUAUGCUUGUAAUGUACAUAGAAGAAAUAUAUGAAAUUAUAUUAAAAAGUCUCUAUUUGUAUCCCAGAUAGGACACAAAAGUCAUGAUGAUAACAUCAUGAAGUCAUCUAAUAUAAGGACGUCAUUCCGACUCCGUCAUUAAGACUCUACUUUGUCAUUUAUUAGUCACAAGUAAUGUUAAAAUUGAUGUCAUUAUGACAUUAUUUGCUUUUAUUUUAUACCUGGGAUACAACUACAAAAUUAAAUAUUAACCCUGAUCUGUUCUAGCGUCUCCCAUCUAUUUUAAAACAACGGAUAUACGAAUAAUUCUAAUUAUCUAUAUAUUCUAAAAUCUAUUUAUCUAUAAUAUUUGUGAUAUCUUGUAUCUUUUUUAUCUUAACGUAUAACAUACAUGUAUCUGCAUUACGGUGAUUGUGAUACACCCUACAUAUUUUGUAUAUAUUUUCCAUGUAUUUCAUGCAAUGUUGUUUUUUGUUACUGGUUGAAAACAAUAAUUUUGAUUUGAAAAUAAAAAUAAUUUGAUUCUUAUACCGAUGUACAAUGCGACGCAGUGGAGUUGUAACUUCAUCGACCUGCAGAACACAAAUGUGAAAUUUACGAAAGCGCUCAGAAAAAUAAACAUUCAAACUAUUCCGAA